CGAAGUUUAGUCGUAACGGCGCAGCGGUAACCACUGUGCGUGUGCAUUCCGCCCCGAAGUAACACCAAAAAUAUGCAAAAAUAUGAGAAACUCGAAAAAAUAGGAGAAGGCACUUAUGGCACCGUUUUCAAAGCGAAGAACCGGGAAACUCACGAAAUCGUCGCUUUGAAAAGAGUACGGUUGGACGAUGAUGACGAAGGUGUACCAUCCUCAGCCCUUCGUGAAAUCUGUUUAUUAAAAGAAUUAAAACAUAAGAAUAUAGUACGCCUUUAUGAUGUAUUACAUAGCGAUAAAAAACUGACUUUAGUGUUCGAGCACUGCGACCAAGAUCUUAAAAAAUACUUUGAUAGUUUAAAUGGAGAAAUAGACUUAGACGUAGUGAAAUCAUUUUUUUAUCAAUUGUUACGUGGACUAGCAUUUUGUCACAGCCGUAAUGUACUCCACAGAGAUUUAAAACCACAAAAUUUACUAAUCAAUAAGAAUGGCGAGUUGAAGCUUGCUGAUUUUGGAUUAGCAAGAGCAUUUGGCAUUCCGGUUAAGUGUUAUUCUGCGGAGGUUGUUACAUUAUGGUACCGUCCACCAGAUGUUCUUUUUGGAGCAAAAUUAUACACAACGUCCAUUGAUAUGUGGAGUGCCGGAUGUAUAUUUGCUGAGUUAGCAAAUGCAGGAAGACCGCUUUUUCCUGGCUCAGACAUAGAUGAUCAAUUAAAAAGAAUUUUUAAAAUGUUGGGUACACCGACGGAAGAAACAUGGCCAGAAUUAACGAUGUUGAUAGAUUACAAACCCUUUCCACAGUAUCAUCCUACACAAGGAUUGGCUCAAGUUACGCCAAAACUUACCUCAAGAGGAAAAGAUUUAUUGCAGAGAUUAUUAGUGUGUAAUCCAGCACUACGAUUAUCAGCGGAAGAAGCAAUGGCGCAUUCUUAUUUUAAUGAUUUAAACCCUGCCAUUAAAAAUGAUCGUUGCCAAUAGCAAUCUUGUGUUAGUUUUAGAAUUUUUGAAGUUACGUGCUUCAAAUUUACAGACCAAAAAUACUCCGACGAAAGAUCGUUUGUUGAUACAUUUCGCACUCGAUGCGCCAAACAUAUUGUGUGAUAUUAAAAAGUCCUGUUUUAUAUAUAAAAAAAACAAAACCAAAAAA